AUGUUGUGUCAUUUAUUUCGUAUACUGCCCCUAAGUUACCGGUCAGUAGGAACUUGUUCUUUCAUCACUAUACCAAAAUAUGAAAUGCAUACGGAUGUUACUAGAUAUGCUGUAAAGAAAACAACCUCGGCUGCUGGAGGUGUGUUGGGUUUGGGUCGAGGUAAGAAGAAAGUGGGCAAAGUUAGUGCUAUGGAGAAAAAGCAGCUUCCGGUUGAGUCAGAUCCUGAAAAACUUGUAAAUUAUGUUUGUGGCUCAAAUAUUUAUCUCACUGGUGAAGAUGUCAAGAUAAAAGAGGACAGAGAGUACCCCAAUUGGCUGUGGACUUUAAACAGAGGAGCUGCACCUCGUAUAGAAGAACUGGACCCUAACACAAAAGAAUACUGGAAGAGAGUUAGGGCUGCUGGAAUGAGGAGAAACAAUAAGCUGCGAUCAAUGAGAAAGUUUUAG